GUAUCGCUGAGUGAAGUUGUGCUUUACUUCGGCUCCUGAAAUUUGGAUUUAGCUUGAGUAGUGUUGAUGUGCUACCCUCAGUUGAGAUGCUUCAACUGAAAGCACCCGAACAAGGAGAGUACCAAGGAUUAAAAGUGAAAAUUUAUUUAUUGCCUCAUUGCAUGCUCAUAAUUUGAUUGACACUAAAGUGUACUUACGAGGUGGAUAGAAUCAGUGUCGUUAGAGAAUUGCACACUAAUUAUUGUGAUUUAUAGUGAUCCUGAAUAUUGGAAGACAACUGAAUAGUACAACAAUGAAUGAAAUAUUUGGUGUGUCAUAAGAUUGAUUGGUAAACGUUAUCAUACUGAAUUUGUUGACAAGUGACAUAUAGUGGAAAACGAGUGCGCGCAGAACAAAAGCUCGAAAAUGGUGUCAUACUACAAUCAUUUCGCGAUGUACCCGAAAAACCACGGUAGCAACCUGUCGUACUCGGCAACCUCGGGCUGGUACCCAGGGAACUACCAGCACCAACCGCCACACCCGCAGUUCAUCGGUGAUGGCGAAUCGUCCCCCCAGCCCAUGUUUUACACACACCCGCACGCCUUUCAUCAGCCCAGCCCAGACUGGAGUGGCCACGAAAGUUUCUCCACGCCACCACAAACAACGUUGCAUUCGCAUGGACCAAGUCCCGCCGGACUGCACCUGCUCCAUGGAGGUGCGGCAGCCAGUAGCAACAAUAAUAACAACAAUAACCCGAACGAUCACCUCGGGGAUGGACACUGUAUGCCGUCGCCACCGAUAACCGUCUCGGGUAGCGAUAUGUCCAGCCCGGGAGCACCGAACGGUUCAUCUUCGCCGCAAAUUACCUCCCGGCCAACGCCGGUUAAGAGCCCCUACGAGUGGAUGAAGAAGCAAUCCUACCAGACGCAACCCAAUCCAGGCCUGAUCAACAUCUGUUCGGCGCCGUCCCUGCAAGAUUUCACCUCCGUGGAAUCCGGUGGUAAAACUCGCACCAAGGACAAAUACCGCGUCGUCUACACCGACAACCAGCGGUUCGAGCUGGAGAAGGAAUUCCACUACACCCGAUACAUCACCAUCCGGCGAAAGUCGGAGCUCGCCCAGAAACUGCAACUAUCCGAGCGGCAGGUGAAAAUCUGGUUCCAGAAUCGCCGCGCCAAGGAUCGCAAGCAGAAGAAGAAGUCCGAGAAUGGUCCAAUCAGCAUGAACGGACAGUCGCUGAUGGCAGCCCACUCGCAGCACCACAACGCCUCACAGGCCAUGUCCAGCCUGCUGGUGGACACGAAGCCGAAACUCGAACAUCUGUCUCAUCUGCACCAGAUGAGUGCAAUGAGUAUGGGGAUGGGAUCGAUGGGUCUACAUCCGGCGCAUCACGCACUGCAUCAACACCUGGGUGUUCCCACGUCGCAGCACCUGAAUCAGGUCCACCACGGCUCGCAAGGGCCGCCGGCUUCGCUGAAUGUAAUGUGAUGUGAUUCGUUGAUGGCAUCGGGUUUAAAUCUAUACGAGUAAAAUCGUAAAUUACGGGCGCUUAGCCGGCUUAACCAUUUAUUAGUAGUGAAAGGAGAUCGUUUUCAAGAUACCGUUGCAGGCCGAAUGGGAUAAAGAAACUAGUUGAAUCAAACAAAUAUCUAUGUAUAAAAUUUCACCAUACUGGAAGCGAAAAUGCCUUAUUAGAGUCGGAACAAGUCACCCAUUUUGUUGUUUCCCGAUGCAGUUCCUACGUUGCUAGCAAAAUUCCGGUCACGCCGUAAAACGAAACAAAAACAACAGUAUCUAUCCAUCCAUUCCCAUACAAUUUUCCCGUUGCCGAGAGCCGCCUGUGCUAUGAAUAAUUUAUAAACCAAUAAACCCCCCACCCCGGAUUGUUUUUUUUGUGCCGUGCCGAGUGUGGCGCUUUGCUUUCAAUAUCUUUUUGGCGGAAUUGAAAUAUGAAAAUUUUACAUUAUAUUUCAUUCCUCAAUCCAACUGGAGGGAACUCUACCAAACCUUGCGAACUGGCCUUCUUUCCAACGAAACUUAGUUUUGAAGUUAAACGUGAAUAGUUUCGUAGUUCCUCUUGGCGAUACCUUCAAAUCCACUCACUUUAAUCAAACUCAUUGUUAUCGCAAACCAAUUAACGAAACGCCGUUACAUUUUGGAAACAGCAUAGCUAUAAAAAAAAAUCAACAAAGUGCAAUGUAAAAAAUGAUAUACUUUUAAUAAAAUUAAUUUAGCCUGUAAGAAUUGUUAGUUUUCAAAAUGCAACGAGUUUACGCCUAUCUCCGAUAUCGUGAUGGUCCUUGACAAAUUUUAUUGAAGGAACAUCGAUACGGUAAAUAUUUAUUCCUAUCGUCAUCAUCAGUCAGUCUGUACAGUUCGCGUUCACUGACAAGGAUUGUGGCAGACAAUACGGGCUAUCGUCCGUUGCUGUAUCGCGGAGACGUGACAACGUUCAGCCUUGGUGCAGUGAAAAGCAAGCGAUAACUUGUGAAAUUAUGGUUCAUUCUAGCUUUUAACUGUGCUAAUUGAUUGAUUUGAUUGCCAGCUAAGUAUUAAACAUCUUCACACCUAAAUUAAUUGAAAGCUACACACAAACAGAAAACAUAAAUUUUCAAAUUGUAUUAAAGACUAAAAAUCCCAAAUAAAGACAUCGAUAGAUCAACGCAACCAUCAUCAACUUUUUUUUUGUAAAUAUUAUUCAUCUUUCAUUUCACUCCAUCUAUAAUUUUCCUUUGAGGAUGAUUUUUGUUGAACUUUCGUCAUCGGGAACCGCUACCGACGCCAGGGAGGCGUUUAUUGUUUCGCAUAGUGGACUCCUCUCUGAAGCAGAAUUUGAGUGCGGAGGGGUUGAAACGAAAUUUAAUCAGAGAUUAAUUUGCGGCCUGUUUUGAGAAAUCUUUUGUUGCGGUUCAGUAGCAGCAUUUGAUAGUAGCAGUAGAAUUAGUGUUAGUGGUAGAAGUAAUAAUUUAAGAGCGCCGGGUUUUCCCACGAUAAACACGCAUUGGCUGAAAGUCCAAUGGUUGAAAAAAAAAUGUGCUGAAUCGAGAUUACGCUACAAUUAGAUUGUUUUAUUUUUCCUCUUCAUACUGCUUUUGUUUGUUUUUGUUUACUCUACUCUACUCUGAGUUACAUUCUCCCAAGUAUUCUCUAUGUGAAUCCAAUUGACUACUUAAUAAUAAAGAUUUUG